AUGAUGGAAAGAAUAAGAAAAGAGAUGAUUCUGAUGGAGAGAGGGCUUCACAGCCCCACGGCCGGCAAGAGGUUCUCCAAUUUGUCCGACUCGGCUGGCAAUGUUGUGCUCGAGGCCCUGGAAAAUUCGCAGCACCCGGCUCGCCUCAGCCCGCGCCUGCCGUCCGCCCCCCUGCACGGCGCUCUGGGAGACCUCCCCGCCAAGGGCAAAUUCGAAAUAGACACUUUAUUCAACCUGCAGCACCCAGGCAGCGAAAGCACCGUCUCCUCCGAAAUCCCUUCCGCCGCCGAGAGCCGCAAGAAGCCGGGUCAUUAUUCCGAGGCGGCCGCCGAGGCCGACAUGAGCAGCGACGUGGAGGUGGGCUGCUCGGCUCUGCGCUCCCCAGGCGGCCUCGGCGCCGCGCAGCUCAAGGAAAACAAUGGCAAAGGGUACGCGGACAGCGGCUCCGCCGCAGGCACCACGACGUCGACGUCGGGCUCGGGCCUCGGCAGCCUGCAUGGAGGCGGCGGCGGCAGCGGCGGGGGCGCGGCGCUGGGCGGCUCGGGCUCUGGAGCGGAUCAGGUGCGGCGCUACCGCACGGCGUUCACCCGCGAGCAGAUCGCGCGCCUGGAAAAGGAGUUCUACCGGGAGAACUACGUGUCGCGACCCCGCCGGUGCGAGCUGGCCGCCGCGCUCAACCUGCCCGAAACCACUAUCAAGGUGUGGUUCCAGAACCGGCGCAUGAAGGACAAGCGGCAGCGCCUGGCCAUGUCCUGGCCGCACCCGGCCGACCCCAGCUUCUACACCUACAUGAUGACGCACGCGGCUGCCACCGGAAGCCUACCCUACCCCUUCCACUCGCACGUGCCUCUGCACUACUACCCGCACGUGGGCGUCACGGCGGCGGCCGCCGCGGCCGCGGCCUCUGGUGCCGCCGCAGCCGCCUCGUCGCCCUUCGCCACUUCCAUUCGCCCUCUGGACACCUUCCGAGCCCUCUCGCAUCCCUACUCGCGGCCUGAGCUGCUGUGCAGCUUCCGCCACCCCGGCCUCUACCAGGCGCCCGCGGCCGCAGCGGGGCUCAAUAGUGCGGCCUGGGCUGCGGGGGCCUCGGACUUCGGCUGCAGCGCCGCGGCGCCGCGCUCGGAGAGCGGCUUCCUGCCCUACUCGGCCGCCGUGCUUAGCAAGACCGCGGUGAGCCCGCCAGACCAGAGAGACGAGGCGCCGCUCACCAGAUAA